CAAAAAGCAAGAAACGCCAGCACAUCCACUCUCCUCCACUAUAAAGAAACGACCUCCGAAACCAUCGCUCCUCCGCCACCGCCGCCUCCUCCAAUAACACUCAUUUUUUUUUAGUAUAUAAUUUUCCUCCCUUAUUUUUCCCUCUCUCCGCCUCUCAAUUUUGUUUCCCUCAAUAUGGACAUUCGCCGGAGGCCGCCCAAGCCAUCACUCCGCCCGCAGGUUCCUCCUCCGCCGCCUUCCUCCUCCCCCAAAGCCUCCGACGCCCUCCCCCUCCCACUCUAUCUAACCAACGGCGUAUUCUUCACGCUCUUCUUCUCCGUCGCUUACUUCCUCCUCCACCGGUGGCGCGACAAGAUCCGCAACUCCGUCCCCCUCCACGUUCUCACCCUCUCCGAACUCGCCGCCAUCAUCACCCUCAUCUCCUCCUUCAUCUACCUCCUCGGAUUCUUCGGCAUCGACUUCGUCCAGUCCUUCAUUUCCAAAUCCGAUUCCGACGACGAUUCCCCCCAGCACCAGCGUUUCAUCAUCGAGGAGGAUCGCAACAUUCACUGCUCCAUGCCGACUCCGGCGAUUUCGAAGCCAAUUCCCAUGGACCUCCCCCAGGACGACGAAGAACUCGUCAAUCGCGUCGUCUCCGGCGAAAUCCCGUCCUAUUCUCUCGAAUCGAAGCUCGGCGACUGCUUCAAGGCGGCCAAAAUUCGGCGUGAGGCGGUGCAGCGGCAGACCGGCAGGUCCGUUGAGGGAUUGCCGUUGGAAGGAUUCGAUUACGACUCCAUUUUAGGGCAAUGCUGCGAGAUGCCUGUAGGGUAUGUACAGAUUCCUGUUGGGAUAGCGGGCCCGUUGUUGUUGAACGGCUGCGAAUAUUCGGUGCCUAUGGCCACAACUGAAGGUUGUUUGGUGGCGAGCACCAACAGGGGCUGUAAGGCAAUCUACGCUUCUGGAGGCGCCACCUGUGUGCUCCUCCGCGAUGGAAUGACCAGAGCUCCGGUGGUUAGGUUUUCGUCGGCAAAGAGGGCGUCGGAGUUGAAGUUCUUCUUAGAGGAUCGUCUCAAUUUCGAUACCUUAUCCGUCGUUUUCAACAAGUCGAGUAGAUUCGCUAGACUCCAAGGUAUUCAAUGUGCGAUUGCAGGUAAGAAUCUAUACGUAAGAUUUAGCUGCAGCACAGGCGAUGCUAUGGGUAUGAACAUGGUUUCUAAAGGCGUCCAAAACGUCCUCGAUUUCCUCCAAAGCGAUUUCCCCGAUAUGGAUGUUAUUGGCAUUUCCGGAAAUUUCUGUUCGGACAAGAAACCGUCAGCGGUCAAUUGGAUCGAAGGCCGAGGAAAAUCAGUUGUCUGUGAGGCAAUCAUAACAGGAGAGAUAGUGACAAAGGUUUUGAAAACCACAGUACCCGCCCUCGUGGAGCUCAACAUGCUAAAGAAUCUCACCGGAUCCGCCAUCGCCGGAGCUCUUGGCGGCUUCAACGCACACGCCGCCAAUAUAGUGUCUGCAGUUUUCAUAGCCACCGGUCAAGAUCCAGCUCAAAACAUCGAAAGCUCUCACUGCAUAACCAUGAUGGAAGCUGUUAACAACGGCAAAGAUCUCCACGUUUCCGUCACUAUGCCCUCCAUCGAGGUCGGGACAGUUGGAGGUGGGACACAAUUGGCUUCGCAAUCGGCUUGUUUGAACUUGCUCGGUGUAAAGGGUGCGAGUAAAGAGUCACCGGGUUCGAAUUCUCAGCUAUUGGCCACUGUUGUCGCAGGUUCGGUUUUGGCGGGAGAGCUUUCUCUCAUGUCGGCAAUUGCAGCGGGUCAGCUCGUAAAAAGUCAUAUGAAAUAUAAUCGAUCGAGCAGGGACAUCACCAAGAUUUGUUCCUAGGGUUAGAGAAGAGGCACUUGAGAUUUUUUAGGACCAAAGCAUGUGAGGCUCUGUGCUGGAAAGUUUUAUAAAAGCAUAUAUAUAUAUAUAUAUAU